CUGUGUUGAACAAUGCCACUGUGGAGAUGGACAAUCCUGAUUUGCGAGAAUGUGCAUGCAUAUAUUGACGUCUUCUUUCAACUGAUCCUGAGCCCUCCUCUGCCUAUUUUGUUAACAGCAUCAACUGGUCAAGGUUUACAAAUCAGUGCACAGCUGAUACGAAGAGAUGGUCAAAUAUUUUACAGCAUGUUGUUUGAGAACAACUCACAGAGUCCCCUCGAUGGAUUUAUGAUUCAAUUCAACAAGAAUACAUUUGGUCUUGCAGCUCUUGCUGCUGCUGGAUCGCUCCAGGUAGGUUUUUUAUUUAGUGUCAAUAAUUGAGCUCGGUUGAUUUUGUUGUUAAACAGGUCCCACAAUUGCGACCUGGGGCAUCUGCAAGUACUCUCCUACCUAUGGUUUUGUUCCAAAAUAUUUCCCCUGGUCCCCCAAGCACACUUCUAC